AUGAAAAAUACUGAGGAUAGCAAAGAAGGAGGAAAGGCUGAAUUAAAGCCAAAUUUAAAGCUCUUUGAAAAUAGUUGAGUCAAAAAAAACUUAGAUUAUUCUAAGCUAAUGUAUUUCCAGCUCCGCUCAAAUGUUUUAUCUAUUGUUGAUAUUAAUUAAAUUAAAAAAUUAAAAAUUAAGAACAGCCAUAAGCGGCAACACACUAUUCAUCGCCCGUCUUGGCUCCACCACAGCCCUAGAAAGAGAUUCUGAUGUUGCCAUACUUCUCGCCCGAUUCCAUUUUGGAUUUUCCGACCUGAGCCACCUGCCACCGUCUAUCAAGUGCCCCGAUGGUCCCAAUUAGGGAAACCAUGUGGUAGGGCAAAACAUGUCUAGCCCCAUCCAGCAGGACAGGAAAACCUUCGGGGAGAAACAAAACUUCCCUCUUCGGCAAGGCAUCCCCAAACCUGAAGGCCUACUAUAAGAAGGACCGAAGCCCUUGCUUUCAGCUUCAUCAGGAUCUUUCCUAUCUACUCCAUAGGGAGUGCGCCUCGGAGUCCAAUUUCCGUCAAUGUCACCAUUUUAUUUGGUUGAUAUUAAGAAUUUAUCGAAAGAGGAAAGGAAAAUAGCAUUGCCAGAACCUAUUAAUAGAUUUACUCUUAUGUGCCAACUUCCUAAUAAUAGGAUUUUUUGUUAUGGAAAUUGGCUACCCAUGUCUGGCUUGGCUUUUAUAAUUCAUUCAGAUUUUAAGAUUGAGCUCUUAUCAAGUGGAAAGCCUUUCUUUGCGUCAGGAGGUGUCUAUUUUAAUGGAAAAGUAUAUGUAUUUGGAGGAUAUAACGGGAAAGCUGUCAGCGCAUCCCAAAUAUAUAGUCUUCAAGAGAACAGAUGGCAAAACACAACUGAUCUACAAGAGCCUGGAACUUUCAGCAAUUGCGAUUCUUAUAAAGGGAAAAUAUUACUAUCAGGAAUAAAGCAUUCCAAGCUAUAUAUUUAUGAUACCUUCUCAGAAUGCUAUACAGACCUGCUUCAAUUGACUCCUGAUUCCUGCAAAAUUAUCUGUGUCGGCAAUAGCAGAGGCUAUGUUUUACAAACAUCAGGAGAUAUUUUUGAAAGUGAAGAAGAUAAUAUUUACAGCUGAAAAUCUCUUGGGAAUUCUUCAGUGUUUGGCACAAAUCUUAUUUCAUAUAAAGUCUACCUGGAAAACUCAGUUUAUUUUAUAUUUUGCUAUGGCAAUCUAUAUCAAUUCAAUCUAUCUACAAAGAAAACUGAUAUGAUUGUAAAAAUCGAGUAA